AGCUUAUGAACCGUGUAGACAGCCAUAAUCGUGUUGCGGUAGUGUUCCGUAUAAACGCAGCAUAAGCAACUGUCUGCAUGGUUGUUUGUUUACCUCCGAAGCAACGCCAGGAAACCGCCAACUCGCAGCUCUACAGUGAAAUUCGUGCUAGCAAUGGAGUUCAGUGAAAAACCUUCUCUACGUGACAAAAAGUCUGGUUUAAUUUAUAGACUCGGUAAAAAUAUAGAACGCAGGAUCGACCGGGAGUACGAUGCUGAACAGGCCAAAACCCCUAUUAAAGUUGAAUCCGAAUCGGAAGAUGAGCAAGCAAACGGAAUCUCGACAAACACCGACGGAUCAUUGCUUACCAGCCUCAAGAUGACCUGCUCCGACAACGAAGAUCCGUUUGAAGAUUGUGACAACACAAGCCAGGCCCCCGAGCACAAAGUGAAUGCGGUAGUGAUGCCAAGCAACGCACUAUUAAACGCACUACUUUCGGACGCACUCAGCACAAUAUCCAAACAGAUCGCACUGAUGAACGAAACAAUUACAACCAUCGAGGAAAAAACCGACAACAUGCAAGAGGAGCUGACGUACGUUACCGAACGAUUGGGACGGGUGGAGAAAAAGGUGAGCAUUUCGUUGGCCACGCUGGAACAGGUGAAGGAUUCGGUGAUGAUAAACGGCGAUGAAUGGUCGAGACCGGAAGAACGGGAUCAACCGGCGCAACCGCGUUUCGCUUUUAAGAAAAUUAGCUCCGAGCAGGAAUUGACAGAGUUUGACACAAAGCUUGGCGCAGAUGAGGAGUAUUACAAUAAUGUGAAAAGGUGGCUAUUAACGCAAUUGCCAGACAGCAUCCCGGACAAUCGGUUGCGCUUAGCGCUCGACAUAUUGAUAGAACGAUCCUUUUUCGCACAAUGCAAUUGGAGCGGUAAGGGUAAGUAUGAACCGAAAGUUUGUUUUGGAAUACGGACGAACGUGUUUAAACUGUUUGCGGAUGUCGGUAGCAAUCAGUCCAUUACCGUGACCGAAGUAUCUGUGAACAGUUUUUUUAAGAAUAAGUUAUACCAUGCCAAGGAACGGGCCAAAAAAAAGGGCAAGGCCUGUAGUGUGUAUAUGAAGCGAAAAAGCGCAAACUAGCACUAGCACUAAGCCCAGUAGACGUCACGAUUCAUUGAACCCCACCAUUUCGGUUGGUGGGUGGGUGGGUAUGAAACAAACCUCACGGUUCGAUGGCUGGUGCACGUGAUGCGGAUGUUGGACUCAUGCCCCAACGGGAAGGUGCUGUUCGGCAGACUCGUUCGGCACGAGGCUUAGCUGCGAGCUCGUUGACUGGAUCAGGCGAAGGCUAACCUGCCGGAAAUCGGAUGCCUAACCGUGGGUAUAUGAGUGCAGGCGGCCUGGACCGGGAGGGGAAACGGAUUGGCGACCUGACCAUGUCUGGUAGACGUGUUCUACCCUGACCAGGUCAACAAAAAGUAUACUGAAUAUAGGACCUAUAAAAAAAAGUAUUG